AUGGCCGGCUCUGGUGAUUUGCUUCCCGUGGUGGGGAUGGUGUCGUUUCAGGUGGUCUUCGCUGGCCUCAACAUCUUCUACAAGCUGGCAGUUAGCGACGGCAUGGAUCUGAGAGUGCUGGUAGCCUACCGCUACAUGUUUGCCUCUGCCUUCAUCGCGCCGCUCGCAUAUUUCAUUGAGAGGAAGAACCGAACAGAGCUGACGCGGAGAGUGCUGGUGCUGUCUUUUAUGUGCGGCCUCACCGGGGGCUCGGUGGCGCAGAACCUGUACAUCGCCGGCAUGAAGCUGACGAGCGCGACGUUCGCCACCGCCACCACCAACCUCCUCCCGGCCGUGACCUUCAUCCUGGCCCUCCUCUUCCGCUACGAGAGGCUGGCCAUCCGCAGCCUGUCGGGGCAGGCCAAGGUCGCCGGCACCUUCCUUGGCAUCGGAGGGGCGAUGCUGCUCACCUUCUACAAGGGCGUGGACAUCACGCCCUGGCACAGCCACGUGAACCUGGUGGCGGCCCAUCAGCAGCAGACGCCGGCGGCCACCAACUACGCCAUGGGUUCGCUGCUGUGCACGCUCAGCUGCUUCUUCUACGCGCUGUGGCUCAUCAUCCAGGCCAAGCUCGGGAGGGAGUACCCCUUCCCCUACUCCAGCACGGCGCUCAUGUGCUUGAUGACGACGCUGCAGUCCUCCGCCUUCGCGCUGUGCUUCGACAGGGACGUCGCGCAGUGGCGCCUCCGCUUCGACGUCAGGCUCCUCUCCGCCGUCUACUCGGGCGUCCUCGCCUCGGGCGUCAUGCUGGUGGUGCUCUUCUGGUGCGUGGAGCGGCGCGGCCCUCUCUUCGCCUCUGUCUUCAACCCGCUCAUGCUGCUGGUGGUGGCCGUGCUCAGCUCGCUAAUCCUCGGCGAGAGGCUGCACCUCGGCACGGCGCUCGGCGCGGUGCUCAUCGUCGCGGGGCUCUACACCGUGCUCUGGGGCAAGGGACGCGAGGCCAAGGUCGCCACCGAGGCCGACGCCAAGGUCGGCGACCUGCUGCCCACAAUAACCAGCCGCAGCUUUGACGCGCCAGCAGCAGCAAACUCAUCAGCAACCCGAUGA